GGAAAUCCUUCACUUUAAGAUUUGGUUGGAGUCUGGAUUUAUUCACUUUCCAGCAUUCCUGUUAUGUUUUCAACCCAGUACCAGUUGUUUCCAAAAGCUACCCAAGUGAUAAUGGAAGACGAAGAAGGCAUUGAAGAAGAUUCUGAAUUCUACAUUGACUGUUCUCAAACAUCAGACUCAGAACCGCGUGUUUUUAAAAUGCUGGAAAAAUGGGUUCCAAAAGCAUCUCAUUGCUUUGACAAAGAGCAUUAUUUUUAUGCUGGGCAUCAGAUCACCAUUCAAGAGUCCAUAGAAAACUUUGGAGCUAUAGUAUGGCCUGGGGCUCUUGCUCUGUGUCAGUACCUGGAAUCCGAUCAACAAGAAAUCAACCUCAAAGACAAGAAAGUAAUUGAGCUUGGAGCUGGGACUGGCUUGGUGUCCAUAGUGGCAAGUAUAUUAGGUGCUUUUGUCACAGCCACCGACUUGCCUGAGGUACUAGAAAAUAUGCAAUUCAACAUUACAAAAAACACACGGGGCCUGAACAUUCACAAGCCUGAAAUACGAAAGCUGGCAUGGGGAGAAAACCUCAACCAAGAUUUCCCCCAGUCAACCCACCAUUAUGAUUUCAUCGUGGCUACUGAUGUUGUAUACCAUCACACUGCUUUGGAUCUCCUGAUAGAGACAAUAGACUACUUGUGUCAGCCAGGGACAACCUUGAUAUGGGCAAACAAAUUCAGAUUCAGCACAGAUUAUGAUUUUUUGGACAGACUGAGCAACAUAUUCAAUAUCACGCAGAUAGCAGAAUUCCCAGAGUCAAAUGUCAAAGUGUUCAAAGGCACAGCGCGAGAAAAUUAAAAUGGGAAGGUACACCAGAACCUUCAUGCAGUAUUAGGCAACUUAGUUCAUGGAGCAUAGCUUUUAGAAGUAUCUGUCUCUGCUUUACUAUUACCCAGUCCAUUUGAAAAAAAAACAACUUUGAAAUUCUAUUUCCUGACCUGAAAGAAUGAGGAAGAAAUUAGCCAUUUACAACUAUCCAUAAGAACAUAAGAGAAGCCAUGUUGCACCAGGCCAAUGGCCCAUCUAGUCCAACACCCUGUGUCACACUCUGGC